UUUGACGUUGCCUCUUGUAAAAUAUUGUGCACGCCACAUUAUUCUACGUGUAGAGUGUACUCUUUGAUGUUGGUAGAAUGGGAGUUUGGAAGCUUGUAAACUACAAAUAAUCGUUUUCUAUCGUGUUCCCAUUUUGUAGACUUCAAGCCGACCCAGCACGAUUGAAAAGAUACUUCAGUGGUUCAGUCUCGAAAUCUGUUUCACUUCGGGAGUUUUUUCCUGGAAUUUUUUCUACAAGGAUUGCUCAUUUUAUUUCCUGUGAAGGGUUCCAUGUUACCUGGUGUCGCCCAUGCUCGACUCACUCCUUGUUCAUCAAAAAAGACCACAUGAUAAUGUGUCUAGAAAAAUUAUAAAAAGUAAAACAAAGUUAGAUGUACAAGUGGUAGGGUGGUUCAAAAUAUCAAGAUAUUUUAGUUCUUAUUUUCACAAUAAACAUUUUGAACUAGUUAACAUGAUUUAGUUUUCUCACACAUAAAUCAAAAUUCAAUAAUAAUUAGACGUCACCCAAGAACUAAUACCAAUCAUGAAUGGUGGAUGACCAUAUGUUAUAAGUUGAUUAAAAAAUGUAAUCAAACUCAAUUAAAAGACAAAGAGGUAACACAGGAUCUUCUCUGUUGUGUCACUAAACAUUGUUCAAAACUUCCAACUAUAUGAAAAUGCAUGAAGCAUUUAUUAAGGAAGUUAUGAUUCUUUUUUCCAGAUAUCUUGUAUGUAUAUCUUGUAUCCAUUUGUAAGUAAUUAAUUUGAAUAAAA